AUGGUCACGACGCAUCUACAUCUGGAACGUCAGAUGAAGAAACUGAAGCGGCGUCUGAGCGCUGCGUUCCGUGGCGGUGGAUCGCAACAGAACGUUGAGCUUUGUGGAGCGAAUGGUUUGACGAAUGGAGUGCACCACAUUUCUCCGUCAUAUGGGCUUUUCGCAGCAGCCACGCCGAAUCGAGCGUGGAGCUUGUCGGAUUCGAUGAAUCACCUGGCAGAUAGUAGGGUUACGAUUAAGCUCACCGAGCACUGGAGAAAUGAGAAGAAUUUGAAUGACAUAGAAUCUGGGUUUAUUAUGGACGAUAGAUACUCCAAAAACGAAGAAUCAUUGACUGAGAAAAUAUAA